AUGAAAAACUUCAUGCAUAUGCCUCGCAGUUGGCUGGGGUGCCUCAGUUCUGCUUCGUGUGUCCUUUUCUCACAUGAGAUCGAAGCAGGUGAGAAUGGAAACUGCCUGGCCUUUAGUGGACUUGAGUGGAAGUCACAACAGCAUAGCAUUUGGUUGUUCACAAAGGUAGCCCAGAAUCAAGAGGUAGGGAAACAGCCUCUACCUUUUGAUGGAAGGCAUUGCAAAGAAUUGAUGGCCAUUUUUUCUCCACUAAGUGUAGGUACUUAUUAUUUUUUGAUUAAAGGACCAAUAAGUUGCCUAGUUGUUGAGAGACUUCAGCUAUCCAGAUGCAACUUACUGACCAACCACUGGGUAGAAGUAUAA